UUCAUUCAUUCACUAAAGUAAACUUUCUCAGUGGCAGACGUUGAACUUGUUUCUAAAAAUUAAUAAUUUAUUUAUUUUAGUUGCUAUUUGCAUAAAUAUUACAUGUGCCAUUUGAUACUAUACAGCGCCAAUUCAUUGUCCUUCUAAUACAAGUUAUAGACGAGUGUACACUAAAACAGUGUCUAAUUUGGAGUUUUGUAUGUUGUUUAUUUUUACAACUUUGUAAAUUCCUCUUGUCGUGUAAACAAUUUGUGAAAAGUUGUGAAUAUGGCUGGCAAAUUCUACUUCGUAGUAGCGUUAGUGUGUAUAGUGCCGAUAGUUUACGCUUGUAACGAAGCUAUUUGUGCCAGUGUGGUGUCAAAAUGUAUGUUAACCCAGUCAUGUAAGUGUGACCUGAAGGAUUGUUCCUGCUGCAAGGACUGCUUCAACUGCCUCAGCUACUUGUACAGCGAGUGCUGCAGUUGUGUUGACAUGUGUCCGAAACCGAAUGACACACAAACGGAAUUAUCCAAGACCUCUUAUGUAGAGGAGUUAGCAGAUGGUGUGCCCGGACUCUUUGCAGCCCUCACCAGUGACCCAGACCCUCAACAGAGGUGGCUUUCCAUCACAUACCCUGUCGACAUUGAUUUAUCAGCUUACAGAGCAGUUCCAGAGAAAACCGUUGUUUUCCAUUUACAGAGCGUGGAACAGGAGUCAGAACCAGUGAGCCGCGACAUCGUGACGCUGAACUGCACCGUCGCGUACAUGUCGCAGUGCAUGUCUUGCGACAAGUGCCGCGCUUCCUGCAGGUCCAUGGGCGCCAACAGCUUGAGAUGGUUCCACGACGGCUGCUGUGAAUGUGUGGGAGACAAGUGUUUAUCUUACGGGAUCAAUGAGAGCAGAUGUCUGGCGUGUCCAGGUGGCAAGGAGACCACAGUGAAUUCUCUUGAUGAAGACCUUACUUAUGAUGACUUAGACUACGGAGAGGAGGUCGACGCCCAGUCUGUAUAAAGCACAGUCAAAAUAAGGCCCAUUGUUCACGUAACCGCACGUCAAACGCACGCUUUCGACAAUAGGUAUGAUGACGGGGUAUGAAAAUUAAAAAUCUAUUUAGUCCGUCAGUUAGGUAAUGAAAAAAUAUUAGACAUGUAUUUUUUUUUAAAUACUUUAACAAAACGAGUCAAAGUUUAGGAGUGGGAGCAAAUACGUCAUUUCUACGUAUAAAAUGUACCUAGAGAUGACGUCAAGCGAUAUUUCAAAUCGAUAUAUCUUCGAAAGUAUUUGUUUCCAUAAGAAAAUUAAAAAUACGUGUCUAAUGUUUUAAAAUAAUCUACAAGACGGAUAUUAAAAUAAAAAUUAGUCAUCUGCCCUUGCGUAAAAACAACGUGGUAAUGUUGCGUCACUCACUACUCAAUAAAUUUUGCUUAUCUUCAUUUGUAGAAUGCAAGCAUUUGUCAAAUGACUGGUUGUGGACAGUAGGUCUAAUCCAGUUAGUUGUUUCAAGAUCUAUGUUAAUUGGAGGUAAUACAAUUCCGACCUUAUUGCGUAAAGUUUUGGUUGUAUUUUGGAUUGGUGUCAAAGUUGAUUCGUAUUUUGUUCUGUGGAACUGUUUUACAUUGUACAUUAUGCUCAUCUAUUGGCGUUUUGAUUGAAUACACAAUGUUAAAAUACUCUACAAUGAUUAACAAUUUAGUACUUGACAUUAGGAGUACGAGUAUUAAUUAAGACUUUAUGAAUAUCAAACGUAAGGUUUAAAUUGCAAUAGCUUAUAGAUCAAAACCAACCAACCAGCUUUAGCACUGAAUCCAAAACAAAACCGAAUUAACACGAAAGCCCACUUUAAGCUUAGGACUUACCACCCUACUCAGACUCAUUUAAUGGUUACUUAACCCAGUCCUUAGCAAUUGUUUUCGAUACAAAAUCGUUACUAAGGAAUAGUUAAAGUAAUCAUUAAAUGACUCUGAGUGCGGCAGUUAGAAAGUAAAACUCGUUGCUUCCAGACUGUAUUCUAAAUUAGAAAUACUCUAUUUUAUCUGUAGACUUUAUGAUAAUACUAUUACUGACGUAUACAUUCUUUUUUGUAGUAUUAUAAUUAUACAGUGUCGUUGUAUUUUCGACCGUAAUGCGUUAGCGUAGUUUCUUUUUUACUUUGACAUAUCCCUGUGUAUUUCACAGCCCAGUGUAAUAUGUACCUUAAAAAUUUAAGCAUUCAAUGUUAGUUAGAAUUUAUAUCAGUAGUACAUAGAGAUCAUUUUUAAAUAACUCAAGUAAUCUAUGAAUAUUGAUAUUGACAUUACAACUGAAUAUUGUUCAGUUAUAAUACAGAAUCUCACAAAAAUAUGAACAAAAAGUAUAAAGUAAAUUAACUAAGUUUAUUGUAAUCAAUAAGACUUCUAAAAAGUGAUAAUAUGUUCAGUACCCUUAGCACUAGUUUGAUUUACGUUGAACGAAAACAAAACGAGUGGGCGUUGGGCGCUCUGAUUGGUUGGUUCAUUCGUGCCGGCCAAUCAGAGCGCAGUUCGUUAGGCCGUCAACCCGUACUAAGGGUACUGAUUUGAAUUUCUUUAAAAUCAGUCCGUGAAUCUCACAAUAUUGGUCUGUGUAAUUUAUGAAAGCUAGGUAAAAGGUUUUUUUUUUAUUUAUACUUACUCUAUGAGUUGAUUUUUCAAUCAUCGGAUAACUAUAUAGUUGGGACAUUACAAACAUUUUGUCACGUCAAAGGAAUGUGACAAUGCCGCACAACUCGCAUAAGUGUGAGCGAGAGAUCUGAUUAAAAUGACUUAAUGACAGUUCACACGUUUGUAAUCAUCACUAUUUUUUGAACCUCACACAAUUUCUCUUAUAUGGAAGUGAUGGUACUUUAUACAUUAACGUUUUUUAUCUUACAAUUGAAAAAUCAACUCUAAGCCAUAAUAUAAUGUAGUACAUACAUUCGAACAAAUAUAAGUCUUCCAAUACACCGUAUAAAGGUGGAAAUUGUUUGCUAAGCAUUAUUAUAUUUUUAAUCUUCCGUCCCUAACAUAAUAAGUAGUAAGUUAUAUUGAAAUUAUUAACAACGCCUAUUUUAGUAAGUAGAUAUAAGCUAAAUGAAUUAGUAAUACGGCUUAUUCGCGUGAAAUAUUCAUGAAAAGUAGCGUGCACAAUGCUAUGACGUCACAAAGUUUGCUAAUGAAUAAGAGUCCCAGUGUGACUUGAAAGUAAUUGAGCUUUUCUCGUAUAAUUUACGUGAGUAAGCUAUAUUUUUAAUUAAUUUAGUAUUCAAAUAGAUGUAAGCUAUUUUAUAAUCUGUUGAGAAAAAGUCUCAAUGUGCCAAAUGUAUUGCUUGUACAAAAAAUGCCAUUACUUUUUAAUUUUUAUUGCGUAUAUGUAAUUUGGAGUAGGAAUCUUAGUCGUUUUAUUUAUUAUGGGGUUAUAUUUCCAUGUUUAGUUUAUAGACAAAAAUAUAGCGUCUAAAAAUAUAAUUUCUACGCUAUAUUUCUUUCUAUUAUUGCCUUGAAUGUCAGUACUAAUCUUAAAGUGCAUUUUACUCUAUCUAAAGGUAAGCGUCCACAGGCCCGUAUCGUACGCAUUCCGUAUGUCGUCAUCAGCACGCACGGAUGCGGAAAAUGGACGCAGUUGUAUAAGUUUCUUCCCAAGACUAACUAAAAUCCGUUGUGUGCGAUGCGGGCCUGUGGACGCGUACCUUACGUAUUUCAAUGGUUUUCAUGCGCACUAUAGUCUAUUGGAAUUUGGAAUUAGAACAUGUGUUGUCCAGUAACGUCAAUAGAAAUUUAUUUGUUCACAUGGAAAUAUUGCCUAAUUGCCUUUUUUUAUUAAAUUAUAAAUAAAUAGUUUAAGUAAAUACGUUUAGAUAAUCCAAUUACGUGCCUUUUUGAUGUAUUUUAUCGUUUUAUAUACAAUUUUUGUAAUAAAUAUCAACUUUAUGAGAUGUAAUAAACAUUUUUUUAUGAAAAUAA